GAGGAGACUGAUUCCAAUGAUUCAUGUGGAGACAUUCUCCCCGACACUCCCGACACCGACUCGUCUGGCGAUGAAGGCGUGACGAAGCCCAUGCCACUGACGGCUGGUCCUGACCCGGUGACCUCUUGGGCGGUUCAGACGGGCACUGGCAUUCCGAUCAACACCACCUACCCUGUGCAGACUGGUACACCAGAGGUCAUCUACUCCUCGUCUCCCUAUGUGAUGCCGGGUGCUGCCUCCGUCAGCGCCAUGUGUCACCACUGGGAUGCCAAUGUCCCCACAGUAGGUUCACUCGCUUGGUGCAGCUGCAGCCGGCUGAUUCUGCCCGAGUCCAUUCGAUUGGUGGAGGCCAAGAGAAAGGCUCACUUAGGCCUAGAGCUUUUGAGCAGCUGCUUGGGCAGAGAGGCCACAGAAUCUGCCAAAGCUCAGGAUAAUAUACCUCGGGGCAUGAAAAUUGUGCUUGUCGGCGACAGCGAUGUGGGGAAGACCCAUCUUCUGUCUCGGUACAGCACGGGCUCUCUGCCCGAGCAAGCUGUGGCCACGAUUGGAGUACAAUUUGCUGAGCAAACCGUUCAUGUGGAAGUUGCUGGUACAACGCAAGCGGUGAAGGUGCAGCUGUGGGACACUGCAGGAGAAAAGUGGUACCGCCCUAUUGCCAGUGCUCACUAUGGGAGAUCGGUUGGAGCUUUGUUGGUCUACGACGUGACCAAGAAAGGAACAUUCGAGAGCUGUGCGACGUGGAUUAAGGAGCUGAGGCAACUUGCGCCUGACAUUGUCAUCAUGCUCGUCGGCAACAAGGCCGACUUGGUGGAGAGGAACCCUUCCAUGCGGGAGGUGUACUUCGACGAAGCUCUGGCGUUCGCAGGGGAGCAUGGCUUAAUCCACGCAGAGGCCAGUGCAGUGUCCCGGUACAAUGUGCCGUACAUUUUCAAUCGCCUGCUUCAGGCUAUCUGCGAGACGUCCGAGCAAAGCCUCCCCUGCCACACCGGCGCCCAGGCCAACUUUGCACCCGAAGGACUUGUGGAGUUGGACCCCAGCAGACUGAGAAACGUGCAGAACCGACAGCAUCGAUCCACUGGAGUAUCGAAGCCCAUGGCGAUGUUUCAUUGCCCACUGGUGCAGCGCAGUGGCGCUUGGUUGCGACCAAAGCAAUCGAAAGAGUUUCCAGAUCGAAGCAAGGACAAGCUGUGGUCCUCGCGCUGCCUUGUCGUGAUGGUCGUGAUGGUCGUCAUGGUCAUGAUGGUUGUUUGGCUGAAGGGCGCGGCGCCGUCCAGCAACCCCUCCACGCAUCAGAACGGUACAGAGAGCGGGCAGAUGUUCGAAUUACCUGAUGAUGAUGAGGUGGAUGCUCAGAUGGACGAAAUGAACCGGAAGUUGAGCAGCGAGAUCAUGACAGCGGAGAAAUUGGAAGAUCUGAGCCAUGCCGCCUUUCUGGCCAAAGACGACCUGGAAGCUGCACUACAAGCCAGAACCAAUUUCAUUGCGUCUUGGAAGACGUUCCUCACAGACGCUGUGCAGACUUGGCAGGAAUAUGCCAGCCUUUUCCAAGCACAAGAGACGGAUCAUCAGGAGCGCAUUCAAGCUGCGCGAGAAGCCUUCACAGUGGCCAAGGUCGAGGUGGACGAAACCAAGGCAAUCGUGGGGGAGGUGAUCGAGAUCAAAGACGAAGAGGAGGAUUUGCCGGGGCGACCCAGUGCUACUACGUCCACAAAGAUCACAGAGAGCAUGCAGUUUCUUACAGCCUCCCUGCAACAAUUUCAAGCGCAGGCGGAGGAGAUCCAUUUGGAAGUGCAAACAUCUCACAAAAGCCGGCCACCCAUGACCUUUGAGUAUGGGGGCCUAUGGCCUGCAGGUUUAGAGUCCAGCCUGGGACAAGCUCCAGCUGUGCUCAAGUGGACCCAUAGCAUUAUUCAGGAACCGACCUUCAAGACCGAGUGGCAAGCUCGAGAAGACGCUAGAGGGCUAGCGAUGGAGAUUGCCGACGGCAACUUGAAGAGUUCGCUCUCACAGUUCCCCUUGACCGUGUCACACACCACCAAGACCGGCAAGAGCAAAAGCGUUUCCUGUGCGGACGACCUUGUGGAGAUUUUUGAUAUUCAGGAUAGAUCUUUGGAGGAAGUUCCGGGCUUGACUUUCACAAGCCUGACCCCAACGAUCAGGCACAGUUUCCUGAUCCUCCUGCUCCACAAGCAAGCGCACAAUCCAGCUCAAGCACUUCCAGGCCCUCGUUCCUGGACCGACCUUAUUGGCAACAAAGAGUUUGGCAAAUGUUACAAGAAGAAGGAGUUUUUGAUGAAGCGGACGAAGGGACAGCGGAAGACCACUGAGAAUCCAACACCAUUCCGUGCUGCAUGCUUGACGACAUCCAUUGAGCCUGCCCUUCCUCGCAACAAAGUUGAGGAGAUUGCGCGCUCCUUUGACAGCAUCCUGCCCUACCGGCAUGUCCUUUUUCAUGCGGGAGCCAGCGAUGUUUGUGAUGACAGAAGAGCACGUGGUAUUGGUGCUUGUGAUAUCCUUGUUGGUCGCAGAAUGCUACCACAAGGACAACCUGUUCGAAUCUAUGACGGGCUUGGGCUCGUCAUCAAUAUCCCGCCUCCCCUUCAACCAGAUGAGUGGGAACAGCGUUAUUUGACUGGUCGUGGUAUUGUCUCAUCCGGCACUGACGAUGUUUCGAUGAUGACGUUCCGAACCCAGACAUCAUCUUCUUCCAGCGAGCACAGGACACGUGAUCAACCUCAACCAGUUCCACAAGAUGCUGCCUUCUCUACUGACGAGUACUGCUCCUACAGCAAUGACAUGAGCAACUGCACCGACGAUUGGAGAGACUUCGUCGUCUUCACCAUCCCCGGCUCCACUGUGCAAUUGUCUCUACCGUGGCAUGAUGACAGACUCAUUCAAGACGCCUUCACCUUUGACGAGCACAACAUUGUCCAUGUCCACCAUAUGCAAUCUACUCCAGGUGACAUUGCAGAGACGAACCAUGAGUGCCUCCUUGUCCAGACAGUCACAGAUCCUCCAAGUGCAGACAUUCUCCGACUGAUUUUGGUGGACAUCGAAGUCUACACUGACGAGCACAAUACGCCUUUGGUUUUUGCCAGACGGGCAUGUUGGCUUCCAGAAACGGCCACACGAUUGACCGUUUUCCGUCUUCUUGGCGUUGAGGAGCACUUUUGGGCUGAUCCUGACAGAGCUCAUCUUUGGUUGAACUUUGACUGGAUUGCACAGGACAACCCUAUGAUUCAUCAGAUGAUGUACAAGACCUACGAGAUGACACUUCUCUUUUUCAUCAUGAACUUCGACUUACACGACGAUCACCAUACCAGUGCCAAAGCCAAGGAGGAGAUUCUUCAACACUGGAUGGAAUACACCACUUGA